UUUUUCCCUGCUUUGAUUUGCAUAUAUUUAUAUUUGCCAUUACCACUUUCCAUCUCUCUCUCUUAACUUUCUCUCCUAUGGGGAAAAGAACCCAUAAAAGCUGCUUAUAAAAUAUUACAUACAUGGAUUAAGAUUGUCUCUAUGCAAAAGGAGGCUGAAAGAUUGAUACUGUGAUCAAGUUAUGGCAGACUGGAUCACCCAUUUUAUUGACACAGGAUCCACUUGGUACCAAUAUCCUCAGCUGUGUUGGGUCCUGUCUCUUCUAUCCUCUCAGGAUCUCUGUGGUUUGUGAUUUCCCCUGAGUUGGCAGGAAACACCAGCAUUAAGGUAUCUUGCAUUUUUCUCUAGAAGUAUGGUGAGCCCAAGAAAAAAUACUCCCACUUUACGUGUGAGUUCAGGAAUGCCUCUCAUGUAGAACACUGGAGAGAAUAUAAAUUAUACAUGCUGAAUGUGAAAUUUAGUUUUGGCUUCUGUCUUUUCUCCAUUUCUCUUUUUCAGUUGUUCUUGAUAGCUUAAAUUUUCCGUGUUUUUGUCUCAACCCAUGCUCAAAUUUUUUCCUUUGGGGAAAACUGGAGCAAAAUCAAUUUUAGUGCAAUUUUUCAAGCCUCCUUGACUUGCACUUACAUCUGUUUGGUGUGGGGGAGUGGAAUUUUAUCAUAAAACAUUUGAUUUAUUUAAUGUAUUCAAUAAGCAUCGAAGAUGUGCCAGGUACUUUCUCAGCUCUUUUGGAUGAGAAAUCUUGCAAGCUAAGAACUUAAUAAACAAAGAAGUUCCAGAACUCAAAUUUUCCCUGCUGUUAAUGUCUUCAUAUACCUAAGGAAUAAACCAAGUUUGAACAACGCAGAUCUUAAGACUUGUAAAGUAUAAAAUGUCACAGGCAGUACUGCUGAGAUCUGUGACUGAAACAACUGGUUUUUUAAACAUAUUUCCAGAUCCUGUUAUCUGCCCAACUUAAAACAAACUCGUUUUGACACAUGAGAUGUGCCCAUGCAGCUGCUCUACCUUCAUUGCAGCUGUGAGUCUGUUUCUGUUGGUGAAGCUGCUGUUACAGGUGUGUGAUGCUCAUCUAAACAGGGUCAUUGAUUGAGACCAAGGCAAGUUACAAAUUGAACGGAAGAGCUAUUCUCAGUUAACUUCAUCAUCCUAAUGAAAGAGGCAAUUUGGAAUAGUUAAUAAGGAAUAGCUGUUCUGGAAUAAUCCCUUUUUAAGACAAACCCUCACUGUUUCUAUAAUUACAUUCCAGGAAGCUAUUCUGUUCUGAAUCAGCAUGGGAUAGAGUGCCUAGAAGACGUUCAGACCAAGCACAGCUAGCGCGUCCCUGCUGGUUCUCCAUUCUGCAUCCGUGCAGCCACGUUCUAUUGAUGGCCUGUUGUGAUUUCAAUGGAACAUCAUGGGAUGUACCUGGCACGUCGGGCAGCACUGGAUGGAGGUGCCUUUAGCCCAAUGUACCUGGCAUGGUGGUAAGGUGAAGGUGAGAGGAAGAGAAGGUGGAGAUGGAACUGCCAAAUCAUGCCAAACAACUGCUACUGCAGCUGAACCAGCAACGAGCCAAAGGUUUCCUCUGUGAUGUGAUCAUUGUGGUAGAAAAUGCCCUGUUUCGUGCCCAUAAGAACAUCCUGGCAGCCAGCAGCAUGUAUUUCAAAUCCCUUGUCCUGCAUGACAACCUGAUAAACUUAGACACUGACAUGGUGAACCCAACCGUGUUCCGGCAGAUCUUGGACUUUAUUUAUACUGGUAAGCUCUUAACGACUGACCAGCCUGGUGAACAGAACUUUAAUGCUCUCCUCACCGCAGCAAGCUACCUCCAACUGCACGACCUGGCAGCUCUCUGCAGAAAGAAGCUGAAGCGGAACAGCAAGUCCUUCGCUGGCAAGGCCGGUGGCCUUGGUGUUGGGAGAUCUGCCAGGAGUCAGAGACUUUCCACUGCUUCAGUCAUCCAAGCUCGCUAUUCAGGGUCAAAUGAGGGGUUGAAGGGCUCGCACUCAAAGGAGCUGUCAAAGGGAAAGCUCUCUGAUGACGAGGUCUUCAUCAGCAGCUCCAACCAAGAGAACUGUCACUCCUUAAGCAGGGGAACCAGCAAGAAUGGCGGUGGGAGCAGCAGUGCGAAUGGGAGCACCGGUGACCAGGAGCUAGGCCUCGACUUGUCCAAAAAAAGCCCCUCGCUCCCUGUCGCAGCCUCCCAGGAUGACACGCAGCACAGCGAAAGCCAGCAAGGCUCUCCCCAAUCUGCCUCAGCCCCUGCAGCCAACAGUGCCUCAUUGUUCGACGAGUCUGGUGUCGGAGCCCCCCACAGCAUGGCAGACAGCAGCGACCCCAUGGAGAUGGAUCUGAACGAGGAGUGCCACCACUCACUGACAGAGAGCAGCCAGCGCAAGGGCCUCCGGCACUCGUCCCGCAAGAAGGAGUGGAUCAAGAAAGACAACGCCUUUGACCGAAAGGAAGGGGGCAAAGAGAGGGACGAGGGUGAAGGGCUGCCCAAUGGUAUCCUGCUGGGGCCCUUGUCCAAGUCUGUGGAGAGGAGUCUGGCCGGGGCCUACGGGGCAGACCUGCCCUACCCAUGUAAGGAGGAGGUAGAAAACGGUAAGGAGAACAGUGAUGACAGUGGCCAGAGCGAGAGUGAGAGCGGCGGCCAUACCAGUGCCAACUAUGUCUACCGGCAGGAGGGGUUUGAGCCAGUGGCCUACGGUGACAACCUGUAUGUCUGUAUCCCCUGUGGCAAAGGCUUCCCGAGCUCCGAGCAGCUCAAUGCCCACGUGGAAACGCACACCGAGGAAGACCUUUACAUCAAGGAGGAAGGCACAUACGGCAGCAAGGAUGAAGCUGAGGAUUUGUCCAACCCCAAUCAGUCCUACGCUGCGGAAUCCCGGCCCUUCAAGUGUUCAGUGUGUGAGAAGAGCUACAAAGAUCCAGCCACGCUGCGGCAGCACGAGAAGACUCACUGGCUGACGCGGCCCUUCCCUUGCAACAUCUGUGGCAAGAUGUUCACGCAGCGGGGCACCAUGACACGGCACAUGCGCAGCCACUUGGGGCUCAAGCCCUUUGCUUGCGAGGAAUGUGGGAUGCGCUUUACCCGGCAGUACCGACUAACAGAGCAUAUGCGUGUCCACUCAGGAGAAAAACCUUACGAAUGUCAACUGUGUGGUGGGAAAUUCACCCAGCAGCGCAAUCUGAUCAGCCACCUGCGAAUGCAUACCUCUCCCACAUAAGCCAAAGACUCCAGAAUGAGCUUCAAGCCCAUCCGCAGUGAUUUACCUUUCUGUAGACUUGCUGCUUAAAAAAAAAAAAAGAAAAAAGAAAAAAAACAAAACAAAAAAGGGGGCAACUCCCCAUACUCUGUUCAGUCAUGAGAGGCCUAAACAAAUGUAGCUUUAACAUUUAAAAAAAAAGUUCCUUUUUUUUUCCUUUUUUUAAAAAAAAGAAAGGUCCACAGCCAAGCUGAUGCAUUUAGUCCCAGUCUCCCUUCAAAUUCUGAUGACCUGGCAAGAAAUGCCUCUUCUUUUUGCACACAUCGACUGCAUUGCCAUAUUGCUUAUCUGGAGCAGGUAGGGAGACCUUGGGGAACUUUCAGCCUCUGCUGGCUCCCCCCUGCCUCAUUCUGUUCUCACUGUACUCACCUCCUUUCUUAAAACCAAACUCAGUAGGGGUAUUUCUUGCCAUUAAAAGAAAACAAAGUACACCUUUUCCGUGGCCUAAGUAGCUGUGAAAUAACAGCAUUCUCAAGUGCAGAAGCUGUGUCUGUGGACCAUCUCACAGGGUUGGCAGCCCCACCAGAGACUGUGGGAAAGCCACAGCAGUGGUGGAGCCCACCCCCAUCCUCUGGGCUGGCGAUGGUGGGGGGAGCAGCUCCCAGGGCUCCACCAACCCCAGUACUUCACUUAAAGAAAUGGUGAAGCCUCCCUUACCAUCCCUCCCCAUUUUGGUUUUGAUCUUUGUCCUUGGCACACGUAACUAUGUGCCACCUUCUCCCAUAAAACACGCAAACCUCUUUUGCCUUACCCAUGACUGAACAGGGACUGGAUGCCCUGGGAAUUUCUUUCAGUGAGCAGGGGGUCGUCUUUACUUUUCUAGUAGUUUCGUAUGAAUAUUCUUUGCUUAGAGGUACUUGUUUUAUUAAAGGAAAAACCAUUGUAACGUUUAUGUGAAUGUUUGAA